AUGGAUGACCUCUAGGAAAAAAGUGUUGCUGAAGGUUAUCAUCCUGGGAGAUUCUGGAGUUGGUAAGACAUCACUCAAGAACCACUAUGUGAAAAAGAAAUUCAGUAAUCGGUACAAAGCUACCACAGGAGCAGACUUUCUGACAAAGGAGGUGAUGGUGGAUGACAGACUAGUUACGAAGCAGAUCUGGGACACAGCAGGCCAGGAGUGGCUCCAGCCCCUCAGUGUGGCCUUCUACAGAGGCGCAGACUGCUGCCUUCUGGAGUUUGAUGUUACUGCCCCCAACACCUUCAAAACUCUCCACAGCUAGAGAGAUGAAUUCAUCCAGGCCAGUCCCCAGGAUCCCGGAAACUUCCCCUUCAUUGUGUUGGAAAACAAGACUGACCUUGUAAACAGACAAGUGGCCACAAAGCGGCCACAGGCCUGGUGCUACAGCAAAAACAACCUUCCCUACUUCAAGACCAGUGCCAAGGAGGCUAUCAGCGUGGAGCUGGCAUUCCAGACAAUUGCACGGAAUGCACUUACACAGGAAACAGAGGUAGAGCUGUACAGUGAAUUCCCCGAGCCCAUCAGACUGGACAAGAAUGGCCAGGCCAAGGCCUCAGUGGAGAGCUGCAGGUGCUGA